AUGACGGUGAAAGAUGAGCAGGUUCGAGCGGCGAUGACGAUGAAAGAUGAGUGGGUUCGGGCGGCCAUGACGGACGACAACAUGGUGGUCGAGUUGCUGACCUAUGUCGAUCGAUGCGACGCCAAGAGAGAUGGAGAUUUCAACGCCAGCACUAGGCGUAGCCCCACAACGCCUCUUUCAUGGAGCGGUGGAGGCGGCUCUGCCUCUCCUUCUGCCGCCGACGGCUUUGAAGAGACCAGUAAACAGGUCUCUCGCUUCCAAACAGCCGCACUUUCCAGAUCCAAGGGUACUGCUGGUAAUGAAACUACUGGCACAACUUCCAAGAGAUCGAGAAGGAAGAAGACUUUUGCUGAACUCAAGGAGGAGGAAAAUCUGCUUCUGAAGGAAAUGGUUAGUUUGAAAAAGGAGAUAGCAUCUGUGCGUGCUACUUGCAAAGAACAGAGAGCUAAGAAUGAGAAAUUGAAAAGAAUUAAGCUUGAUUUGAACUUGCAAAUUGCAAAGAAUGAGCCCGAAGAAGUACCUUAUUGUCAACCCCGUCAGAGAGUAUUCUCUACUCUUGACUACGGUCCCUCGCCCUCACUUGCACGUGCUCUUGAUGAUCAUAAAUCACUACUAGAUUCUUGCAAUGUAGGGAAGGUUGUACUGCCUGAUCUAAAUAUGAUUCCGGUCGAAGAUGAUUCUGUCGCUGAGACUUUAUACAGCACCACCUGA